AUGUUAUUUAAUUUCGAGCAAUUAUUACACGCGCUCUACGAAAUUACUCUAAGGAAUAGGACCCUGUUUAUUUUUUCUAAGAUAAAGAGGGGCUCAGACGAGCUUCUUUCGCAGAGUGGCGUCACCGUCAUGGCGCCCGCCGCUCCACACCACGCCGACAAUAAUAACCAGGACUCCGCCGCAAAAAAGGUGAAACUGGAACAAAAUGUCGGCAAGCCGUCAAGGGUUAUCCACAUACGGAACAUACCAAACGAAACGACGGAAGCUGAGAUCAUACAGUUGGGUCUGCCCUUCGGGCGGGUCACCAACGUGCUCGUUCUCAAAGGAAAAAAUCAGGCCUUCCUUGAGAUGGCAGAGGAGAUAUCUGCGGUGGCGAUGGUGGCGUACUUUGGCGGCUGCGUAGCGCAGUUGCGAGGACGCGCCGUCUAUGUUCAAUUCUCUAACCACAAAGAGCUCAAAACCGAUCAAACCCACAGUAACGCGUCGGCUUCAGCACAAGCAGCUCUUCAAGCCGCACAAGCAAUAUCAAACAGCGCGGGCGCAGCGCUCGUCGCUGGCGCGGGCGCGGCUCUACAACCUGCGAAUGGCGGCACUGAAAUACAGGGUGGUCCAAACACAGUGCUUCGCGUGAUAAUAGAGCACAUGCUCUAUCCAAUAGUACUUGACGUUCUGUAUUCGAUUUUCCAACGCUACGGGAAAGUGCUCAAGAUUGUAACCUUCACUAAAAAUAAUUCAUUUCAAGCCCUAAUCCAGUACCCAGACACCGGGUCAGCGCAAAUGGCAAAAACGGCUCUAGACGGUCAGAACAUUUACAACGGAUGCUGCACGCUGCGCAUCGACUACUCAAAGAUGACUUGUCUCAAUGUUAAAUACAAUAAUGACAAGUCCCGCGACUACACAAACCCUACGCUGCCUUCUGGAGACGGUGAUGCUCAUCAACUGUUGACCAGUGAGUUGACGCCACUGCGGGCUCGCCUCGCCUUGGCCCUCGCGACCAGGAUGAGUGGUGGUGUAUUGGCACCUCCGUUCUUAGGCCUCGGCUCAGGGUUGGCGUCGCCGUAUGGUGUAGGAGUGGGGGGAGUUGGCCUUCCCGCUUUUGGCGCCCUAACACUAACGCCGGCGUCGCCCGCCCUCCGCGCGCUCGCCGCGCCGCCGCUGCCGCUCGCUACAGUACUGCUCGUAUCAAAUCUGAACGAAGAGAUGGUCACGCCUGACGCUCUAUUUACCCUUUUCGGCGUGUAUGGCGACGUGCAGCGGGUGAAGAUACUUUACAACAAAAAGGAUUCAGCGCUAAUUCAAAUGGCAGAGCCGCAUCAGGCUCAUUUAGCCAUGACUCAUAUGGACAAACUGCGCGUAUUCGGGAAGGCGAUGCGCGUGAUGCUCAGCAAGCACCAGACUGUGCAACUGCCCAAAGAGGGACAGCCUGAUGCUGGACUCACUAGGGACUAUUCUCAGAGCCCACUCCAUAGAUUCAAGAAGCCGGGCAGCAAAAACUAUCAGAACAUCUACCCGCCAAGUGCUACAUUACAUUUGUCCAACAUACCAGCUACGGUUUCUGAAGACGAUAUAAAAGAAGCUUUCACAAAACGAGGAUUCACAAUCAAGGCCUUCAAAUUCUUCCCGAAGGACCGCAAAAUGGCGCUUGUCCAGCUCCCAUCGAUCGACGACGCAGUCGCGGCACUUAUAAAAAUGCAUAAUUACCAACUCUCCGAAUCCAACCACCUGAGAGUGUCCUUCUCAAAAUCAAGUAUU